CAAAGGGGUACAAUUGGUAGUUGCCCCGCCUUUUCAAAGGCCUGGAAAUCUGGCGGGAAGAGAUCGUAGAGAGGGUAUUGGUUUUUUCGGAACCCGUUGGCGGUGCCUCCAUUCUUGUGGCUAGUGUGUCAUUCAAUGAUAAUCUAGCGAAAUCAUGGUGCACUGUUUCUGGCAUCAUUAGAUGCAAUUCUCACAUGAGACCGAAUUAGUUCAUAUCACGUGUUUUAUUGGCUUUUACUGGCUGGUCAAAUAGCAAAUAUUCCCACUAUCAUCGGUCGAUUAGACCUGACUCCAAAAUUCGCUGUCUGAAUUUGUGCCCGGCCGUGCUCACAUUCACGGAGCAGCGAAGUGGAUUCUCGCGCCAUUGGGCAAUUGGACAGCAUGAAAUCAGACUGAUGUUUUUUGGUGCAACCGUCGCGAGUGAACUAGUUUGUGGAAUCCUCUGCGCAGUGGUUUCAUAAUGGCCCGCCCCAAAGAUUCGCAAGCUGGUUCUUUUGUACCCGCCGUUGCUGAAGGGCGGAGAAUAAGUCCGAGCUCAACACCGUCGAAUGUUCACUGCUUCGACAAUAUUAUAGUUCUGGACAGCGAGGAGGAAACGGAAGCAGCUACUUGCAGGCCAUCUUCGAGAGAUGGAGGCAAGGCAUCUUUGAGUAGCGUAGAUCACAGCCCCAUGCUAUCUCCAUCUAAAAGCCCGGAAUCCAAGAAGAUGAAAGAUUCUAGAAAGCGUGUUUUAGCUGUAGAGGAUGCCGGCGGUGCUUCCAUUUUCGAGUCCAAGUGUUUUCAAGCCUCACCGUCUUUCACGAAGAGAAGUACAAUUGGAGGAGCUGUGGAUGGCAGUUUUCCGCACAUCGACAUUAGAACCCAUGCAGAGCUAAGGGAUGAUAUGGAUCUAGUCCCCUGUGAGCAGCCGGCCAAAGCGAAGCGCAAGCUCAAGAAUGGCGAUAAUGAAUCAGUAGAGCUGCAGUCUAGUCCAAUUACUGAGCUCGCUGAACUGGACAACAAGGAGAAUCACGGCUCAGAGGUACAAAGUGGGAACGGAGUGAAAAGUCCCAACGGUGGGAAGAAGAGAAAACAACCAGCAGAAUUCCCUGUGCAACCAGAAUCAUCCACUCAACUGACUCUGCCAUCUCCACUGCUCGUUGCAGAUGGAGUUGUGCCCAUCCAGGCAAAGUUGUUGACAACAUGUCAUCAGUGCCGGCAAAGACUCGACACCUCCUUAGCCUAUUGCAAAAAUACCGCAGGAAAAAGAGCGUGUACUCAAAAAUACUGUGGGAAGUGCUUGCGCAACAGGUAUGGGGAAAUAGUCGCCGAGGUAGAAGAUCUACAAGCAUGGAGCUGCCCCCGCUGUAGGGGAAUCUGCAAUUGCAGCAUGUGCAUGAAAAAGAGAGGACUGGCUCCCACAGGAGGCCUGGCCAAGAAGGCGAAAGCUGCCGGUUACUCCUCAGUGGCUGAUCUUCUCGAGAAAUUCCCAAAUAUGCGUGAGGAUCGGUAUAUUCGCGAGGACACUACAGCUGUUUCCAGUGGAUCCAAAGAGUUUAAGCCCACUUUCCACAACCAUUUCAGGGAAUCGGUUUUUGGCUGUGAAGGUUCCCAAACAGGGGAAGUUGCAAAGGGCAGUGGUAAGCAGAAACUGAGGGAAGCUCCGGCAACGGACAAUGGAGUUGCCCAAGCUUCCACGGAUGGGGAGAAAGUGAGGACAGACCUUUGCCAGACAGAAUGCGUGCGGCAGGAAUGUGAUCAAAUUGCACCUGUUGGGGUGGGCAAGAAGAAGUCGUGGAGAAAGAAGAAACUCCAAGUUGAGUCGACUGUGCCUGUUGGCGGUGAUCAGAUUGGAUCUACUGAGGGUGACGAGAAGGCAGAGUGCAUCAGUCCUCAAGGUGAUGAAAUUGCACCGGUUGAGAGGAGCAAGAAAAAGAGGGGGAGAAAGAAAAAUGCCCAGGUUGAGGUGAAUGGGGCUACUGUCGAAGUCCAUCAUUCGAAAGAUCAAGACUUUGCUUGCAAACUUGAAACGGACGUGGUCGUAGAAGGUACUAGCAAGAAGAAGAAGAAAAGGAAGUCGAGAGCUAAGCUUCAUGUGGCAGAAGAAGAUAUGAACGCAUUGCCUGCCGAUUUCGUUGAUGAUUCGCCUGUGGAGGCAUUCGAAGAGGAGGGCCCCGAAGAGGAUAUUGUGCUGCCUAUCGGUGAGCCGUUGGUGAAAGUAGGAAAUUUGGAUUUUCCUGAGGAAGCCAUCGGGACUGCUUUGCAAAUUUUGGAGUUCUGUUCUGCUUUUGAAAAGCCACUUGGACUUAGGCGAGUUAAAGCCCAAAAGAUUCUCUCUGAAAUGAUUCGAGGAGGGACAUUGCGUAGAGGUGGUCAGUCUGAUCUUGUUCAGUUACAUGUGCAAUUACUGUCCAUAAUACUGGACGAUGUGGAUGACGAGACGAAUAUAGCUAUGUCAGCAACAAGCAAGAACUGCUGGGUUUAUCACCUAGAGAGACACUUGUGUGGUCAAUUCCUUUCAGCAAAGAGAGAUCCAGAGACGCACAUCAGUGAAGAGAAGGCCGAUGAAAGACGUCCGUCAGGCUCUUUAUUGGGGACCAAACCCCAGCCUAUUUCCCUCUGGCCUGUACCCGGUGAAAGCAUGACGGUCAUUGUAAAAGCUUUGAAGAGGGGAGUUGAAGGUUAUAGUCACCUGUCGCUGACAACUAGGCUCCAACUUUUGGCUUCCCUCUGUGACGAUACAUUGACCACUAAGAAGAUGAGAGAUUACGUGGAGAAGGUCAUAAUCAACCGAGAGACUGAAUCUAAGGAAAAUCGGGAGGAGCUUCUUGCUGUAAAGAAACAGGCUAGAGAAGUACAUGAGAAUGACGUGAAGGAAGUAUUGGCAGCUAAGAGAGAUAAUAAAGUUCCUGUUGUGAGUCCUCAACAGCUCGCGAAAGUGAAGGAGGUGUUCGCAAAGCUGGCUGCGAGAGAAAGUUAUCUCACUGAAACAGCUGCAAAAUUGAAUGGUCCGAGAUCCGAUGCAUUGAGAUCAGAACCCGCAGCUGUUUACAAGAACAGUUGCAAAUUCUGGAGGCUCAAGGGAGCUAAUGACAGAAGACUCGUUGUCCUUCAAGACAUCAGCAACCUCGAUUAUGGUGCACCGGAUGAGGCCUGGUCAAUUUUUCCGAAGGAGCGAGAGGAGGAGGUACUGGAGUGCAUCGCUUAUUUGAACUCAAGAAAGAAGCCAGUUGUUAAAAGUGCGAGGCAAAGGAAGAGGAGGAAGGCCGCCUCCCGAGUAGACAGUACAGAUGCGACGUCCUCACAACCUCAACAACCUCAACAACCGGAAGUCUCCAUCAUCGAUUUAUCCGAUUGAUCUUGCAUUUGAGGACCUUAUGUCGACUAGGUAGAGGCCGGCUUCUCACUCGGCCUGAAGUUUUGAUUAUCUUCGAGAGGAACUUCUUGUUUGUCAAAGACAGAGGUUAACUCCAGAGUACAUAUGGUGCUUCGUGCCAGACCACUUUUGCUGGUCAUGACACGGUUCACCUCGGCGUAGUUUCAAUUGAUUACUGAAACUUGCAGCUAUGUAAACUAGAAACCACAGGAACACGAGAAUGAAGACAGCAAUCAGACGAAACUCUUGAUUUAUUUCGCGCAAUGUUAUAGUGUAUCAAGUUCAAGAUCCUGGAACUCGCCUCUGAUCCAAUCCAGGGAUUGCAGUUUGCUUAGGGUCCAUAGAAUGGAACACCAACUACAGCAAAGGCAUCCAACCCUUCAACAUUGGAAACCUCAAGGGAAAAUAUUCCCGGCCGUGAAGGCAACUGUAUUUAAUGAAUAUCGGGAAGAAUCUCAGUGGAUCUCAUUAAGGAGACCUGGACCAAUUCCAUUGAAGAACUGGCCUACGUAUGUUUGACCAUCUUUAUCUACAUAAACUCCUGCCCCAUGCAUUUUGUUCUCCCUCCAGUCUCCUUUGUAACUGCGACCGUCAGGCC